AUGGUCGAGGGCUACCAACAGUUCUCAAUUAUGCAUCACGCUCUUAAAGUCAACGAUAUCGUUUACGAGAUAUUGCAACAUGUCAAGUCCAAGUCGGACUUGCUAAACAUGGCAAUGACCUGCUCCACGUUCUCAUCUCAUGCUCUUGACAUGCUAUGGCAUCAACAGGACAAUUUGACACCCCUCGUGAAGUGUCUCCCGCGAGACACUUGGAAUGUCUGUCGUUAUCGUACCAUCGUUUUUUCACGCGAACCGCUCCUCCCGGAAUGGGAGCGCGUUAAAAUCAAUGCGGCAAGGAUACGCACCUUUAUUGCCACGCAGUACACCUAUGGCUCCCCGACACUAAGUGGCCCGGUCCUACGGCAACUUUUCGCACUGUUCCCGCCCGCGACGCUCUUUCCUAAAUUGCGCACAUUGCAUUUCGACGCGGUGUCUCCGGAUUCGCUCGACGUUGGUUCAGACUCCUUAUCUCUGCUUCGCCAAUUCUUCUCGCCUGAAUUGGAAAACCUCACAUUUAUCAUACCGCGAAGCGUCCGGAGAAACGAGCUAGAGCAACUUCUUGGUGGUCUUUCUACAGACGCAUCUGGCUUGCGACAAUUGGCGGUAAAUAAGCUCGACUUCCCUCAGUAUAUAGUACCUGAGUUGCCGAAGACGUUAAAUGGAUUGGAUAUUGGCCCAAUCCCCAUGGACCUGAUGAGGCAAAAUAUUGCCAAUAUCCAGCAUUUGUUAUGUCUCCAAACCCUCACACUACGCAUAUAUGGAUCAGAAGAUAUGAAAACCCAACCGUCAGGCGAUAUGCCACUUAAAUUGAGUACCCUCAAACGUCUCAAUCUCUUUGGCUUCUACUUGGAAGAUUGCAUAUUUUUCCUUGAUCAAAUCGCCAUGCCACGAUUGUCGGUCAUCGAAAUCUCAUAUUACGAAGAUGCUACGCCAGCCGAAAUCACCGCAGUCAUCAAAUCUAUAUCUACGGCUUGCAACACAUUUGCAUUCCUGAAAGAAAUCAGUGUGGGGUCAGAUCACCCUUACUGCGAUGCUUUCGUUAGCGACAAGGUGCAAGUCGUUGUGAUCCCUGCAUUUAACAUUCGAUGCCAUACAUUUUCCGACACUUCCCCAUGCGCCGGAUGGAAAUCUGGAACUUUGGACCACACAGACAGCCCUCCGCCGGCUGCAUGUCGGAUGCUCGAGGGUGUCGGAUGCAUCGCAUUUUCUCCUCUUACUGGCUGUGGUGUUCCCAAAUCUAGUCGAUCUCCACUUGCAUGGAGAAGACUGCUGGUCCAGCGGGAAAACUCUCAAGACGAGGCAGCCUCCUGCAGCUUGGAGGACGAAGUGGGAGAUGAGGAAGUGGAAGGGAAGGAGGAGUUACUGUGA